AUGCAAUAAUCACAAGUAAAAAUCUCUAUAUAAACCAAUGCCAUCUUUCCGUUUCCAAUCAUCUCACAGUUUGCUCAUUAACUAACGAUGGCUUCUUUGGGUUCACACAGAUGCCUAUUGUUCUCUUUGGUGAUAUUCAGCAUUUGGGUUUCACUCUCCACGGCGUCCCGUGACCUGAGUGAGACAUCGAUGAAGGAGAGGCACGAGAAAUGGAUGGCCCAGAAUGGGCGAGUCUACAAGGACGCAGCAGAGAAGUUGCACCGGUUUAAAAUAUUCAAGGCCAAUGUCGAGUACAUUGAAGCGUUUAACUCUGCAGGAGCGCAUAAGUACAAGCUCGGAGCUAACCAGUUUGCUGAUCUGACGAACGAGGAGUUCAGGGCCUCUUAUAACGGGUUCAGGCCUUCGAAGCCAAAUGUAAUAAAGGCGGCAGUCAGAAGCAACUUCAAGCAUGAGAAUUUUACUGCAGCUCCUGCAAGCAUGGAUUGGAGGACCAAGGGUGCUGUAACUCCUAUCAAGAAUCAAGGACAAUGCGGAUGCUGUUGGGCAUUCUCUGCAGUAGCAUCAACAGAAGGAAUCCACAAGCUGACUACAGGCAAACUCAUCUCCCUCUCAGAACAAGAGCUCGUGGACUGCGACACCAGCGGGGAGGACCAAGGAUGCAAUGGACUCAUCUCCCUCUCAGAACAAGAGCUCGUGGACUGCGACACCAGCGGGGAGGACCAAGGAUGCAAUGGCGGUUUAAUGGACAACGCCUUCAAGUUCAUGAUGAAGAACAAAGGCCUGACAACCGAAGCCAAGUAUCCAUACACAGCCACUGAUGGCACCUGCAGUUCCAAAAAGGCUUCAGCCAGUGCUGCGACCAUCACAGGCUACGAGGACGUGCCUGCCAACGACGAGUCGUCCCUGCUCAAAGCGGUUGCCAACCAGCCAGUGUCAGUUGCGAUUGAUGCGGGGGGUUCAGACUUUCAACUGUACUCGAGCGGAGUGUUCACAGGGGAAUGCGGUACUGAUUUGGAUCACGGCGUGACUGCAGUUGGGUAUGGGAAAACGAGCGAUGGGACAAAGUAUUGGUUGGUGAAGAACUCGUGGGGAACUUCGUGGGGAGAGAAGGGAUAUAUCAGGAUGGAGAGGGAUGUCGACGCUGAAGAAGGGCUUUGCGGGAUCGCAAUGCAGGCUUCAUAUCCAACUGCCUGAA